AGAUCCUGUUUCCAGCUUCACCUUUUGAUCUGAAGUUGGUUUUAAGCUCCUGCCACCAUGCCUGCUGAUUACAAUGGGACGUGGGAAAUGGAAGCCAAUGAAAACUUUGAAAACUACAUGGUCGCUUUAGGUAUUGAUUUUGCGACUCGUAAGAUUGCAAAACACUUGAAACAAACAAAGGAGAUUAUUCAAGAUGGAGAUAAUUUUAAAACAAAAACACUCAGUACUUUCAGAAACUAUGAACUGAAUUUCACUGUAGGAGUCGAGUUUGAAGAACAUACCACAGGACUGGAUAACCGAGUGGUAAAGACUCUAGUGACCUGGGAUGGUGACAAACUGGUAUGUGUUCAGAAUGGUGAAAAGAAAAACAGGGGCUGGAAGCACUGGAUUGAAGGAGACAUACUGCAUCUGGAACUGACAUGUGAAGACCAGGUGUGUCAUCAGACAUUUAAGAAGAAAAAAUAAAUGUGACCAGAAAGCCACCCAGAUCUUCAUCACACUACUAUGCUGUUAUGUUUUGUCUAAAAAGAAGAAUGAAGCUAAAUUUGUAAUAAUUCUUUGACACUGCUAUGUGAAAGUAUUUUGUGCCUGUUUAUGGAAAUAAACACAUUUUAUAGAAAUAACACCAGUUACAAACAUCAUAAAUUCCUCUGCUUUUCAGCCUAGAAUUAAAUAAAAGUAAUUGUCUUUCAAAUAAUGCUUUCCUACAUCUUUGUAAUAAUUUCCAGAGGAAUGUCCUUUAGCCACAAGGCUGAAAAUUAACAGUCACA